AAUUCAUCGAUGUAGUCUCAAAAGAUACAUCGAAACCCACUGAAUUAAUUGCUGCUUUAAUAACAAAAUAUUUUCCAGAAAAUGAAAUAGAUAUAUUUACACAAGUACUUGAAAGAUCUCAAGUCAUACUUAAGCAUGAUGAAGUAAAAAAAGAACUUGAUCAAAUUAUGGUCGAAGAAAUUAAACAAAAUCUUGUUGGAUAUCGGGAUGCACCAGAUAGUAAACAAUCUGAAUAUCUGACAAAUUUAAUCAAACAGUGCGAUACUUUUUAUAAAAAUUUGACCAGUGAGAAUAAGGACAAUAUCAAUUUAAUUACUAUUGCUAUCACAUAUUCAUUAAUGCAUCUUGCUAUUUUGAAAGAGAAAAGCACUUACCAUAAGUCGGAUUUACGCCAAAAAGUCAAAGGUUAUAAAAAAUAUUUUUUAGGAAUAUAUUCUAAAUGGGAAACUUGGCGCAAUGAUUAUAUCGAAGUAAAUAUUCCUAACGAAGUUAAGGAUAACUUUCUUAAUAAAAGUAUUAUUUAUGUAAACGCAGAAAUUCACCAAACAGCAAAAUACAUUGAAAUGUGUGGUCGAGUAAAAUUACGAUAUAUCAAUGAAGCAAACGCUGAAUUUAUGAAAAUGUAUUUAUAUACAUUUGCUUUGGAUAAAUUCUUGCCUAAGAAUUCGAAUGCGCCUACAAUCGCUCCAAAUGAAACAAUUGGUACAAUUGUUUAUGGAAUUUAUGGAAAUGAUACCUUUCCAGACGGUAAUCAUGGAAAUCAUAGUGAAUUACAUCAAAUGACUAAUGAUGAUGGUGAUGUCAUUACUGGUAUGAACGUCCAUGCUGGUGAUGUCAUAGAUUGUCUAAAGGUUAAGUAUAAAAAUAAAAUUGUAACCAGUGUUGGAAAUGAAAAGGGUGGAAAUGCGUAUACUAUCCGAGGUCUUGAUGAGAAGCAUAAUUAUGUGACUGGUGUGGAUAUUUAUUUUCUUGAUUAUAAUAGUGAAUUUCUUAUUAGUGGCAUUCAAUUCUUUAUGUCAGACGGUAAAGAGUCGAAGAUUUUUGGAAGUAAAACAGAUUAUAAGGUCAAUUGUG